CUUUGCCCUAAUUGACCGACAAAACAGUCGAGAAAACUCCGAAUUUCGAAUGUUUUGCGGGCGUUCAAAGGCCAAAAUCUGGGAAUUUUUAGUACUUCAUAACUUUGCUCAGGGUGGUCCUAGAACAAAAAUUAAAACAAAAACAGUAAACUCGUCUCAACAAGGCAAACAACUUAUAUAUAUUGAUCUCAGAUGGUAGGUCAAAGGUCAAGGUCAUAAAAAUAAUAUUUUGGAUUUUAAACUCAAAUUUGAAAAUGAACAUAUUGAAAUUUUUAUUUUUUUCAUAGCAAUUUUGUAGAGAACAAAAAAUUAAGUUAAUAACGUUAAAAUUUGGAAUGGCAUUUUUCCUCAUUUUUUUUUUAUAAAAAAUGAAAACUUCGAAACCCCUUGUUUUUGAGGUUGGGAAAAAACGAUGAUUGACCAAAUCUCGACUUCUAAUCACCUGAUUUUGAAAACCGCAUACCGUUAGACUCGUCUUGACAACCCCAAGUGUACUAAAGGGGUAUGAGACCCACCAACCCCCUACCCCCUUUUAACCCCCUACAAUAACGGGAAAUUUAGCAUUUUUUGUCCGUUUCAACACCUUAGCACGACGUCGACGAGUAAUUGUCUUCUUCAAACCAAUUCAGUUACUUAGUUCACUUCAAAUCGAGUCAAACGGUACUUAAUUUUUGUUAAUAGUACCACUACAAUCCGAGAUUCGGGUGCACAAAGAUUUUUAUUCUAAUCGCGAUGCAAUAAAAUUCUGGAUGAGCACCAAAUCUCGAUUGCUGCACUAAAAAUCUCGUCGCAAUUAUAAAAUAAACAGCACACCACUCAACUUUCCCUGACAUCCCUUUCGGGAUUAAAGGGUGCAACCCCUAAUACACACCCCAUCCCAAGCGCGUUUAUUUUUGUAUUCAUUUUGUGCGGAAAAGUGUAAUUUGACCACUUCCGAGACACUGACAACAGAAAUGGAGACCCCAAAUAUCCAUAUUUGGCUUCUAGCUUCCCAGAACCAUCAACCCAUUUAGAAAAACAAAUCAGCAACCCUGAAUUCUAUAUUCCGAUAUUUCGAUCAAUUAAAAUUUAUGUUGAUAAUAAUGACUGCUAUUUAUAAUAUAAUUAAAUAACUUCAUGCAAAUAAACAAUUAACAAAACUAUACACAAUGUAGCGUAAAAAUUGGAUUUUUUCUGUUCUUUUGUCGUUUUUAAAUGAUGUCUUAAAGGUCCUGCAUUAGGCCAAAAGAUUUCGCCUGUGUUUGUUUUUGUAGAAUUUUGAGGGCCACAAAUCUAAAUUUAGUGUCUUUCUUGCUGGGAGAGAGGGCAAGUUGUGAAAGACACGCCUCAUCGGACCUCACACACGCAUUCAAGAAAUACGAUUUAGCACAUAUUUGCUCUUAUAUCUCAGUGUCAAAUCAAGUUAACACGAAACUCACGGCAACGCACUCAGCAAUAAACCGAACGUUUUCUCCAACAGUCUGCUUACGAAGAUCUGCUGCCAAGAAAUCCACUUUUAAGUAUUAUUCAAAUUUCAAAUGUUUUUGUUUAGCGUGCAUUUCCUGUUCGUAUUUUUUUAAAUUAAGUCUAUAACUUCCCUAAUGGUCUAUACUUGAUUAAUCGAGAUGGCAAAUUGAUAUCGUUUGAGAAAUAAAUUAUGCUUGUUAAGGAAAAAGAAUUUCAUAUAUUAUCAAAUUUUGCAUCUCACUGCAAAUAUUUACUCACAGCAAAACUGCAUGCACCGUUAUCGGAAUGCUUACAAAAACCGCAAAAAAACCACUUGUGCUCGUGUUGAACAAUUUUCAGUGUGUCAAUUUCAUCAUAGAAAUGGAAAAUAUUCCUGAUUUAUUUAAUUUAAUAUGGAAAAUGUUAUUCUAUAAUUAUUAAUAAAUAUUUCGGAUGAAAAAAUAUCUAUAACAGAAACAUUAUUUAAGGAUAUUUUUUAGUCUUGUCUGGCUUAUUUUGGCUUGUUUGUUACUGGAGCUUUUCUCGGGUCAACAAAUAUUUCUCUCAUGGAGUGAUUAAAGUUCAAAGAGCAUUUUUUAUUAAAGCCACUUAUAAUCGAAGUCGUACAUGAAUUCAUUUUAAUUGCAGACACCGCGCCAUCUACGGUUCAAUGGCUGAUCAUGAUAUUGGCGUAUUUUGGGCCUCUAUUAAAAGCAGAAAUUCUGAAAAUCUAAAUUCGUUUCCAUUAUACUUUUAGUCAGAAUAAUCAAGCCCUGACGUCCUCUCUCAGGGAAAUUUUUUAUUUGAUCUCUGAUUUUUUUUGGAAUUGUUUUACUGUGCAAUGUCAAUAUUGUGCUGCACGCUGAAUGACCUUUAAAAUAAAAGAUCAGAGCAGCGCCGCUCAUUUAACUAACCAACGCCUCUUUUUUUAUCAAAAACUAAAUAAACACAGAAUUAUAACAACCCACUGCAGAGGGCUCAUAUAUAUAUUUUUUUUCAUACGAGGCUAGAUACGCUCAACUGACAGAAUUAAAGAACUUGUCAGAAUUGAGAAAUUCCCUUAUCUAAUCAUUUAUUGCAAUAUUUUGAAAUCAAAUAAUACAAGAUCAAAUUUUGAAGACUGUCUGGUAUGUACAUAACUCAUUAUCUCUUUCACGAUAUAAAAUGAUAGUGUGAUAGAGCCAUUAAUAUUUUUGGGAUUAGAUUGUAUUGAGAAUGGUGAUCAUUUUAUAAAAUAAAUGGACACAAGUCACACACAUAAGUGCUAAAAUAUGAAUUAUUUCAUCACAUGAAAUGUUUUUGCAUAUAUUAUGACCCACAUAUUAAUUACAGAAAGAAUUAAACUAUAAUCGAUUGUAUUAUAUUGCACAAGCUAUUCUCAAUCGGUAUGUUUUAGUUUCUGGAUUUUGAAAAUUCGGUUCUAAUCUUUGUCCUCUCUUAUCAACACUUACACACAAUAAAAAGCAGCGCAACUGAAGAGGGAACCUCACUCUUUGUUGCAAAAGGAGACACUGGCUAAUCGUUCAGAAUGCCCGCGGAGCCCGGCAUCUUCAAGAGUCCGUUGGACAGGGAUAUCAGCAAGCUGCCAGAAUGUCCGAUUUACGACUUUCUGCGCCAGAAAAUAAUAGAGCGAGGAAUGGACAAAACCGACAAGCCCUGGGUGGUGGACACUUCCACUGGGACUACUGUCUACUUCAAGGACAUCGACCCUCACUCAAGGAACGUUGGAAGCGCUCUGACACGCCUAGGAUUUAAACACAGGGACAUCCUUUACUUUGUCACCUAUGAAACAUCCGUACUCUACCUCAUCCAGUUAGGGGUUUGGAGGAUCGGUGGAGGAGCACGUGGGGGAUUUCAAGGCGAAGCUCCUGAGGAAUUUGCCCGUCAAAUGAUAGAAGCGAAAGCACGGUUUGUGCUCGUGGACAAGGAGACAUAUCCCAAGAUGUUGGAGGCAGUCAAACUGCUAUCUUGGCCGGUUUCUAUCAUAUCAUUUGAUGAUGUUGGCAAUCCAGAUGUGGUCUUGGUAAAGUCACUGAUCGAGGACGAUGGCACCGCCUUGCCAGAGAAAGUGAAUAUAAAACCAAAGGAAGACGUCAUUUGCAUCCCAAAUACCAGCGGUAGCACCGGCCUGCCAAAAGGCGUUUGCCACACGCACUUUGGUUUCACAACCCUCAACUUCGAUCCGAGGGCUAUAGAUGUGUUUAAACUGCCCUUCAUGACUCCUAUGAGCAACUAUGCUGUUGGCAGCUUUAUGGUCACCACAAGCUCGCUCUAUUACGGCAGCACGGUCUUCCACCUGGGGAGAUUCCAAAAGGAAAACUACUUUGAACUAAUGGUCAAAAACAAGCCCGGCAACGUCCUGAUGUACCCGUUUGUUGCCAAUUGGUUUGCGCGCUGUGAUGAUAUAGGAAAGUAUGAUUUGAGUUUUCUCAAACUUAUCUCCAUCGUGGGAUCUGUGCUGGACCCAACAACUGCGCAGUUGAUCAAUCAGAAAUUGCCAGGCGCAAAGAUUGUCCUAUUCUAUGGCAUGAGCGAAAUGAUAAACAUUAGUAACACCCAAUUGGACACUUUGGAAAAUGAGAUUGCUCAUGACAAAAUUGCAACCAAGGAGAAUCAAGGGGAACUGUGCGUUACUUCAGGGAAACUAGUGCCAUAUGUUGUGGCUAAAAUUUUGGACGUGAACACAGGCAACACCCUGGGGCCGAACGAAAGAGGCGAACUUUACGUCAAAUCGCCAAUGCUCAUGAAAGGCUAUCUCAGAGAGGGACAUGAAAUGCCUGUAAUCGAGAAUGUAACUGAGGAUGGAUUUUUCAAAACCGGAGACAUCGCCUUCUUUGACGAAAACUCGAACAUUUACAUCUUGGAAAGGACCAGUUUCUUGUUCAAGUAUUACAUGUUCAUUGUAUCACCGACCGAAAUAGAGACAUGUAUCAAACAACACCCCGACGUGCUGGAAGUAGGGGUGGUCGACAUCCCUAACCCUGAGUGCACAAGCGUAGCCAGGGCCUUCAUCCGCAAAAAGCCCAACUCUAAGUGCACGGAAGCGGAUCUCGUCAAGUUUGUUGCUGACCGACUGCCUGAGCACAAACAAUUGCACGGCGGGGUGCAGUUUGUAGACAAAUUACCAGAAAGCAAGGGAAACAAGCUGGAUAGAAUUGCACUCAAGAAAAUGGCACUUGAUAAGUGAAUUGUUUUUCACCGCAUGCUUCAUGAUUUGGAAAAAAUUGCAAUUAUAUUUUUCAACGCUGAUUAAAAAAAUUUCUGUACUAUAAAGGAUGAAAAAUCAAUUCAAUAACUAAUAAAAAAUAUCGUUUA